AUGGGUCAACUUCUUCAUUAUGCCAUAACCGGGACAUUCAUCAGUACCGCACUGAUGAUUGUUGCCACUUAUGUGGUGAUUUUUGAUGUCAUGAAUGACAUCAGCGAGUUUCAGGAAGAAAUUGAAAAGGACCUCGUCCAUUUCAAGGCAAGUGGAGAAGAGCUCGCCAACGACGCCUGGAAAACGAUGAUGUCCGCGCACCCAAUUCGAGGGGACUCAGACCGCAGUGAAUCAAACGGACGUGUACGAAGAGGCGGCUGGAGCGGUGGUUCGUACUCUGAAGGACCUCGAAGAGGCUACGGAGGAGGACAAGCAGCUGGAGCAUACGUUGGUGGACGCACUGGCGGAGCAUCAUAUGGAGGUGGGCGCACUGGCGGGGCAUCAUAUGGAGGUGGACGCAUUGGUGGAGCAACAUAUGGAGCACGCAUGGGAGGUGGAGCAGCAUACGGAGGUGGACGUUCGGGAGGAGGUGGCGGUUGCCAAUGUGCUGCUCAAGCGGCGAGAUGCCCUCGUGGACCACCUGGACCACCAGGUCUACCUGGACUCAAAGGCGAAGAUGGAAUGCCUGGACAGCCAGGACGACCAGGAGGUGUCGGACAAAUGGCAGAAGGUGGUCCGGGUGGAGGAUGCAUCUCAUGCAUGCCCGGACCAAUGGGACCAAUGGGACCACCUGGAUCAAACGGAAACCCAGGAGCACCCGGUCCAGAUGGACAACCAGGAAAUCCAGGAACGAGAUCCAGAGCAAUCCCUGGACCACCUGGUCCAGCAGGACCACCCGGUCCACCAGGUAUGCCAGGACAAGAUGGGGGACAAAGUGGAAUGGGAGCGCCUGGACCAGCAGGACCACCAGGACCACCUGGAAAUCCUGGAGCUCCUGGAGCUCCCGGAUCACAAGGACAACCGGGAGCUGCCGGUGGACCAGGAGCU